UUCAAAAAGCAAAGUAAAAAAAAAAAAAAAAACGGUAAAAUAUGAUGCACUAUCGGAAAGGUGAAAAUAUCGAGCAGGAGUUAACCAAAGAUGACUUGCCAUUCGCUGAUUGCAUGUCCAAGUUGCCACAAAAGGACUAUCUUUGGAUGCACGUAAGAGGGGGCACUAAAGUACAGAAUGUGAUUAACUAUGCCAAAAAUGCUUUGGACAAUGGCGAAUAUCGAACAGUGGUUUGGAGUGGUGUGGGUGGCGGUGUGGUGAAGACGGUUUCUUGCGCAGAAAUAUUGAAGCGCAGCUAUCCGUUAUAUCAGUUGACACGCAUGGGUCAAGUUACAAACGAAGAGCAUUGGGUGCCGCAGAUGGAAGGUUUAGAGCCGAUUCUAGCUAAACGAAAGGUGCCCAGUUUACACAUACUGAUGACGUUGGAUCCAAUCGAUGAGAGCAUUGGCGAUAUUCAGAAGCCCAAUACUACGACUGAGUACUGGAGAUGCUCGAACUCCACCACGCAACAACAAAGACAGACACAACAAAUAGGACAAAAGAGUGAAGGCUUGAGACAGCGACGGCAACAUGAACAAAAACGGUUGUCUAAGGAAAGACCCCAAAGCCAGGUUGCGCGACAAGAGAAGGUAAAGGAUUUGCAAAGAAAAGAGCAAAGCGAAAGGCAAGAGAUAUCGCAAAAUCCAAAUAAAAAUCAUACUGAGCUACGACAUAAUAAUGGUAAUGGUCAAUAUCGUCAUCAACGAGCUAAAAGAAAGCAAAGUGCCGAACUACAACGGCAAUCUGCCCAGGCUACGCAGAUGGAAGUUGGAACAUUGGCACCUUCUGUACAGACUACUAAUAUUUCAAGUAGUAUAGACACUAUGGAAUCUUGAUUAAGAAAUGGAUUAAUUUGAUUUUUUUAUGAUAAAGUUUAAAAAUAUUUGGAAAAUAUACUACAAAGAUAGCAUUUAAUUCUGUUCAUGUAUUUAACCGUAUUUUAGAUAUCAAAGCAGUAGUUGAUGACAAUAAAUGUUGAUGUAGUAGAUACAGAAA